CUAUUCCUUUUAUAGAAAUACAACAAACGUUUUUCAAAGGCAAGGACCAUAUUUUGAAACCUCACAAAGUAGAGCCUAUUUCAAUCUGAUAUAAUUCUGUAAAUUUAACUUGAUGGCUUUAAAAAUGAAUAAUCAGCCUACACAUUAGAGCCUUUUAUAUCAUUAUGAACAUUGGUCCCAGCACAGCAAUAUCAUUGAGGGUUUUUUUUCUCCAGCCUUUUAAUGGAAGCAAAUCAAACUCAUAGUAGAUAUGAUUCCUGUAAACGGGGCCUUUAAGACCAGUAGUUCCACUACAGUAGAACACUUUCAGUGAUGCAUAUUUGAUGAUCCGGAGCUUUCUGAGACUGCAGUUUAGUAUCAAAUGAAUUCCUGGACAAGGACUUGUUUUGCCUAUUUUUGUCGUUUUCCAUGAGUGCACGUAACAUGCUACAUGUUGCUCACCUGGUGCUCACUGCAGACAGAGCCGAAUGACGUCCAGCUCCCCCUUUCUGGACCUCAUGGGUUGAGGAGGGAUAGAGUUAUGGGUAGGGAGUACGUCCAGAGACCUGCGCGGACGGAUUUUUCUCCCGAUAAAUUGUUUGUUAUAAAGCAUUAACAUUUACAAACCCUUGCUAAUUUAACAUAAAAGCAAGCAGAUACUGCGUGCAUGGUUUGCAUGACUGAAACUGAUCAUAAUUCCGCUCAUAAUUCCUAAAAAUCUGACAUCUCAGUUCACCUCGAUCUCACAAAUCUCAGUUAUUAUCAGUGAAACUGACUGCACGAUAUCUUUCAGAAUAUCUACAGUUUGUUAUUAUCAGAACAUUUGUCAGAAUGCAGAAUUCAGCACUGAACAAAAAGUAUGUUAUGACCGGUGAGGGGAGUCUGUCUUAAAUGCAUCUGAUUGGCCGUUAUUGCGAUCAACAUGUCUUGGCUGGAUUGUUCAACGCUAGAAACAUGUUAUAAAUUGAAACUCUGGCCUGUAAAUGGUUUCUAUUUUGUUUUAGUUGUUAUUGUUGGUUUUGUGCACCAGACGAAUAACAAUUUAUUGGUUUAGAUGUUGUAUUUAUAGAUAUUUCUGUUUGGUUGGUACAUCCCUCAAAGUGUUUCAUUCUCCCACAAUCCGCACACACAAGAGUGCAUUACCGCCCGCGCGGCCUAUUGUGCACUCUGUUACUUUGGGUCCUGUGGGACCCGCGGUAUUCCCACGGGAGUGCAUGCCUCUAGGCUGUUAGGAAUAGUGUGGUUGGACCUUAUAGAUACACCUAUUACACCCAUAUUACAUCUAAAGAGGGGGAGCUGGAUUUCAUACUCCACCCAUGGCUAAACAGUGAGCAGCCUCUCUAUCUCAGGUUUUGCAUCACACCCCCAACUAAACUCCCUCAGCAGUCAGGACUCGGCUUUUCAUUUCAUUCAGUUCUGUACGGGAUUACCAGUGGCAGGACCUAUUUCUGGUACUUAUUGUAAAGGAAAAAAGUGAAGUGCAUUUCAAGACUUAAACGAAUAUAUUUCCUUUCAAGUGUUGGCCUACCCCAGACUUGUGGAAUGUCCGAGAAGACGUCUGAUCCUGGGACGGUUAGCAUUACAAUGGAAGACAGCCUUUGUAAUGGAGCAACACAGCCCCAGGAAGCUCCAUUGCUAACCCAUCUGAAGAAGGUGGAGAACCACAUCACAGAGGCACAGUGCUUCUCUCACCUGCCCAAACGCAAUACUGUGGACCUGGUGUUCAGUGACCUCUCCUACACCAUCAGAGAAGGACCGUGGUGGGAGAAAAAAGGUUAUAAGGCCUUGCUCAAGUGUCUAUCAGGCAAGUUCUGCAGUCGGGAACUCGUAGGCAUUAUGGGUCCCUCUGGGUCUGGAAAGUCCACCUUGAUGAACAUCCUGGCAGGGUAUAGGGAAAAAGGGAUGACUGGACAGAUACUGGUAAAUGGAAAGCUCCGAGACCUCCGAACCUUUCGUAAAAUGUCCUGUUACAUUAUGCAGGAAGACAAAUUGGUGCCCCACUUGACCGUUCAAGAAGCAAUGAUGGUAUCAGUCAACCUGAAGCUUAACGAAAACACAGAGGUGAAAAAAGAGCUGAUAAAAGAAAUUCUUACAGCCCUGGGACUACAUGAGUGUGUCCACACUCGUACAGUCUCUCUCUCUGGGGGCCAGUGUAAGAGGUUAGCUAUUGCCCUCGAGCUAGUAAACAACCCCCCAGUCAUGUUCUUUGAUGAGCCCACCAGUGGUUUGGAUAGUGCGUCCUGUUUCCAGGUAGUGUCUUUAAUGAAGUCUCUGGCCCAAGGAGGGCGAACCAUCAUUUGCACUAUACAUCAGCCCAGUGCCAAACUCUUCGAGAUGUUUGAUAAGCUGUAUAUUUUAAGCCAAGGCCAGUGCAUAUACAAGGGAAGUGUCCCAUACCUCAUCCCUUAUUUGAAGGGACUGGGUCUUCACUGUCCAACAUACCACAAUCCUGCAGAUUUCAUCAUUGAGGUAGCAUCAGGAGAGUAUGGUGACUUGAACCCAGUGUUGUUUGAGGCUGUUCAGGGUGGCAUGUGUGCUUUGGGGGAAAAGUGCAACUGUAUCGACAUAACCACCGUAACCCCAUGCGCUGCAAAAUGUGUGAAAGAUUCAGGACACAUUGAGAGCCAUACCUUUGCUACAAGCUCUCUGACUCAGUUCUGCAUUCUAUUUAAAAGAACAUUUAUUACAAUAUGCAGAGACCAGGUUUUGACACAUCUGCGGCUAAUGUCACACAUCUCGAUUGGAGUGUUGAUAGGCCUGCUUUACCUCAAUAUUGGCAAUGAUGCCAGCAAAGUCCUCAACAACACCGGUUUCCUCUUCUUCUCAAUGCUCUUUAUCAUGUUUGGAGCGCUGAUGCCUACGGUUCUUACCUUUCCUCUAGAGAUGGCUGUGUUUCUGAGAGAACAUCUAAACUAUUGGUACAGUCUGAAGGCUUACUAUCUGGCUAAGACAAUGGCUGACAUUCCAUUCCAGGUCAUUUGUCCUAUGAUGUACUGCAGUAUUGUGUACUGGAUGACUGAACAGCCUCCAGAGGCAACUCGCUACUUGCUGUUUUUGGCUUUGUCAAUCUGUACAGCUUUAGUAGCUCAGUCUCUUGGGCUUCUGGUCGGUGCUGCCUCCACAUCCCUUCAGGUUGCCACUUUUGUUGGUCCAGUUACAGCCAUUCCAGUUCUACUUUUCUCAGGCUUCUUUGUGAACUUUGACACCAUUCCAGAAUACUUACUGUGGAGUUCUUAUGUGUCCUAUGUCCGGUAUGGAUUUGAGGGGGUGAUUUUGUCCAUUUAUGGGAUGAACCGAACUGAUCUUGAAUGUCCAGGAAGGGUUUGCAAGUUCCAAAGACCUGAAGAAGUUCUGCAGUUGUUGGAUGUAGAAGAUGCCAAGCUCUACAUGGACUUCAUUGUACUGGGUAUUUUCUUCCUUAUCCUGCGACUCGCCACUUACUUGGUUCUUCGGUACAAAAUAAAAUCAGAGCGAUAAUAUUCAAGUCAUGCCGUUUCAUGGUCUCCAGCACAGGACAGUAUAGUAUUUUUAGAAUUCAUUUCCAAAGGUGUCAUCCUCUGCUCAGGAAGGUCCGAUUUACUUGAUCAUUUUGGUGUUCUAGUUUUGUUUUACAUUUGGAUUAAAUAAAUCACAUUUCAUUAGGGGCUUUCGCACCGGAUUGUUCUAGGAAGUAGAACCUAACUUCCAGGAUGGUUCCCUGAGAACUAAUAGUUCCCCUAGGAACGUUUUCCUGCUGCAUUCGCACCUCCAGUAAGACCUCUGAAGUGAUGUUUAUUUUGACGGCGCUCCGAACGCCGGAGCCUCAGUAAACAAAUAAUGCUCGCAUUCUCCGUGUUCAUUAGCUUACGAUCUGUCUGACAGUACUGUCUAAUUUGAUAGUAGAUAGGAGUGUUAUACAUAGAAAGUAGACAGUAAUGGAAAGUUAUUAGCGUAUGCCGUGUGGUUGAUGUCCAGUGUUUAAAAAUUUGCUGUUUGGCCUCUGUCCAUCAUGGCCUCCUAAUCUCAUCAACAUAUACUAAUUGUCUUCAUCUCUGCCUCCUCUCCACCAGUAAGCUGGUGCGUGGUGGGCAUUCUGGGGCAAUAUGGCUGCCGUCACAUCAUCCAGGUGGA